UUUUGUUUUGAAAUAAAAAAAAAAAACUGUUGUGUCUUCAUUUUUUAUCUACAAUUUUUUAAUCUACAAAUAUAAUAAAAUAAAAUAAAUCCAAAGAAAGUACAAUCACAUUAAUAAAUCGAAUAUAACAAUCAAAUACUAACAACAACAAAUUUCAUCUCUUCACACAAAAAUGGCUAAUCAAAUUCUACCACAAAAUAAUACCAGACAAAUCUUCACCGAUCCUCAUCAUGUCGAUCAAAUAUCCGACAAUUUUGAAAAAUUCUACGAAGAACAAAAAUUCCUUGAUCUCGUUUUAAUAUCCGCCAUUGAUCAAGUCAAAGUUAAAGCCCACCGAGUUGUUCUAUCAGCUGCAAGUGAUUAUUUCAUGGCAAUGUUUUCAAGUCCAUUAAAAGAAGCCAAUGCUCAAGAAAUUGAAGUACAAGGUAUCGAUGGGGUAACUUUGCUUUCGAUUGUAGAAUUUGUUUAUUCUGGAAAUAUUAUGUUACACACUGAGACAGUUGAGAAUAUUUUAAGAGCUGCAGAUUUUCUGCAAAUUCGUGAACUUAUCUCAGUUUGUUGUUUAUUCAUGUCCGAACACAUUGAUGAUACCAAUUGUCUUGGAAUUGCUAUCUUUGCUGAGCAUUUAAGCUACACUGAAUUGUAUGAGAAAGCUUGCUCAUUUGCAACACAAAAUUUUGGCGAAGUUUGCCAAGAGAAAGAGUUUCUUGAAUUGUCUUCCGAGCAACUCAUUCGGUUGAUCUCUUCUAGGGACCCCGAAGAUUCUUCGGUCGAUGAGGAAACAGUCUUCUUUAGUAUUGCCGAUUGGUAUGACCAUGACAAGGCGAACCGUGAAAGGUUUCUCUUUGAUCUAUUGUCACUGAUUCAAUAUCAAUCACUUACUCCAAAAUUUAUCAUAGAAAAUAGACAUUCGGUUUGUGCAUUGGUCGAAUGCUACGAAAUGAUUCUCAGUUGGAUAGAAUGGCAUCUAUCGCCUGAGACUCAUGAUUCACCCAAUGUUCCAACUAAUCGAAUUGUAAAAAAGAAAAAUAUCCUUUUGGCAAUUGCCGGAGGAACUUCAACCGAUGAUUUAAAGCCACAAAUGUUCCGAUCACAGUUGAAUUGGUGGUCGAAUUUAGAGAUUCCCAGUUCGCCAAUACGAAAAGAAGCCUUUGGCAUAAUUGUAAUCGAUGAGAAGAUGAUAAUUGUUGGUGGUAAAUCAACAAUGGAUCAAAGUUCAAAUACAGUUGAAUGUUUGCAUUUGGGAACAAUGGAAUGGUCGGAAUUACCUUCAAUGUUACAACCGAGACACUGUUGUGCUGUGAUUGAAUUGAAUGGUGAUAUGUAUGCUAUUGCUGGGUAUUCAGGACCAAGCAUGAUUAAGACAGUAGAGAAAUAUGAUUUUGCAACUGAACAAUGGCAUUUUGUUGCACCUCUUCUGAGAGCUUUACAUAUUGCUGAAGUAGCAGUUAUAAAUGGAAUGAUUUAUGCUGUUGAUGUAGCUGGUGAUACAAUGCAAUGUUAUGAUCCGUCCACUAAUGAAUGGACUUUUAAGCAAUUCAAACAAGAACAUUCCAAAUAUUUUGGUAUUGCUGCGGCGAGUGGAUAUUUAUAUGCUAUUGGUGGUUAUAUUAAUGGAAAACCAACAAAUACAUGUGAACGAUAUAAUCCAUUGGAUAAUACAUGGACAUUUGUUGCAUCGAUGGAAGAACCAAGGAGUGGAGCUAAAUGUGUGGUGUUGAAGAAUCGGAUUGUUGUUUGUGCUGGACGGUCGGAUGAUGGGUUGUCUAAUCGAGUUGUAGAGUAUAAUCCGAGGACUAAUGAAUGGAAGUCGUUGACACCGAUGUUGAGUGCUAUGGAUGGGAGGGCAAAGAUUUUGAGUUAUUAAUGAAAUAAAAAUGCGUUAUGAUUAUUUUAAUUUUUUCUAAAAAAAUG